AUGACGGACCAAUUCCAGUACAACCGCUCCAGCGAGAAGUCUCGCGAUACCGGCGCGCAGAAGCAUAAGCAUAGCCAGACAGUCACCGAUCCACUCGAACCAGCCCGGGCCCACGGCAACGAGCCCUCCCAGGAAGAGCUCAAAAGGAAGGGGAAGAUCUAG